UGCUUCUGAUUGGAGAAUGGUGGGGACGGGGUAGUGUUGGGUCUUAAAUAGGUGGAAGGACAACAAACACAACAAACAAAGGAAAACAAACCCAUAAUGAAAGGGUUUGUUAUUUCUGAUAAUGGAUCUUAGCAUUCCCUUCAAAUAGAUUAAUACAAGAGGGAAUUCAUAGUUAAGCCUCCUCCUUUUCAUUUUCAUGUGCAUUCCCUCAAUUUGUUGACCCAUUUCCCAGGACCAAUUCCAAUUUCCAUUCAUGGAGGUUGGACGGAUGGAGGAAGCAAAGAAUGCUGAUGAUCAUAUGACAUCAGCUGCUGCUUUUGUGGAAGGUGGGAUUCAGGAUGCCUGUGAUGAUGCUUGCAGCAUUUGCCUUGAGGAGUUUUCUGAAAGUGAUCCUUCAACACUGACUAAUUGCAAGCAUGAGUUUCACCUCCAGUGCAUUCUUGAAUGGUGCCAGAGAAGCUCUCAAUGUCCCAUGUGUUGGCAAGAUAUUAGCCUGAAGGAACCAACCAGCCAAGAAUUGCUUGAAGCAGUAGAAAGAGAAAGGCGCUUAAGGGCUACUCCAUCAAGAAACGCUAUGAUAUUUCACCAUCCCACCCUGGGUGAUUUUGAAUUGCAACAUCUACCAGUCGGUGCAAAUGAUCCUGACCUGGAAGAGCGAAUAAUUCAGCACUUGGCAGUUGCUGCUGCUAUGGGAAGGUCUCACCACCAUGGUAGGAGGGAGGGCCAGAGAAGUCGAUUGUCUGCUCAUGGUCGUCAACGCUUAUUGGUAUUUUCUGCUCAUACUGAUGCAGCACGUCCAGGUCCUGCUUCAUCCCCUCUUACUCACAUAGGAGGGGAAACUGAACCAGCUGGAAUAGCAGUAGCUAGUCCAUCGGCCCCGCUACCUUCCAGUGUGACUGAAUCAUCACAGCACGUCUCACAGUUACCUUUGGGUCAAAUUAACAAUAAUCGUUCAUCUGCCUCUGGAUCUUAUGUCAGUCCAAUGCAUGGAAGGGGAUUGUACUUAAAUAAUCGAAGCACUUCUAGUAAUUCCUUUCUGUCAAAUCAAGAGAGAGCCAGACCAUCAGAUUUCCAGUCAUUUUCAGGCUCUCUAAAAUCGAGAUUUAAUGCAAUGUCAACAAGGUAUAAGGAAUCAAUCUCAAAGAGUACAAGAGGGUGGAGAGAGAGGCUGUUCUCCCGUACCUCUUCAACGUCUGAUCUUGGUUCCGAAGUUCAGGGAGAAGUUAAUGCAGGAAUUGCUAGUGUAUCUCACAUUACGGAACAUCUUGAAACCACAGGAGACAACAGAGCCAGUGAAGCUCCAGUUACAGAGGAAAACAACCAACAAAAUACUGAAACUCGUGGAGAAAACCAUUUGAAUGGUGGGAACAUGCCAGCUUCUUGUGCUGCAGGUUCAGUUUCAAGUUAAGUUGUAAAUAUUUUUCAGCAACCACAUCUAUCCUCAGCAUUUCAUCUUUGGAGGUUGUUCAUCCCACUUCUCCAGAAAUGACAUGCUGAGGAGAAGAUGCUCUGAAUUUCAUGGUAUUGUCAUCUGAAUCCUAAUAAAGAGAGGAGAAGUCUGAGAAAGAACUUCCAUCCGGACACGGCUGCACAGGAUAUGUAUUUUAAUUGUCUGGAUGGGGACACUUGAACACUGUUUGAUUAUUGUUUCAUUAAACCCAGGAAGUGACUGAAAUUGAAACAAUAAUACAUUGUUGAAUAUUUAUUUAUUUAAUUUUUUUAUUUUGGGUUGUGCAAUGAAAAACAAUUCUUUUU